UGCUUGGAAAGCUCGACGCAAUGUUGACGCGUUAGUAUCGAGCAGCCUCUCACUAGUUUGUCGUGUCCGCCGGUGAGAGAAGUUAACUAAAGCAGCAAGAGAUGGGUGCUACUCUGUGAGCUGUUUGUGCCCACUGUCCUUGGCAUCUAACUCCCUGAUGUUGGCAUCCAACUGCUGAUCAGAUGAGCAAAAGAGGAAAAUAUACAAAUUGAAGCAACCACUAUCAAGGAUUGGAUGACUUGAACAAGGCUCAUGCCACCCUGUAGUUGACGCUCCUCAAAGGGGUCAAAAUGACACACAGAAGAACUCCGUCUGAAUCCACAAAGACUUCUCCUGGAGGUCCCAGCACCAAAGAUACUGGCUCUGAGGCUUCUGUCACAGAGGUGUUGGUCAUUAAGCCAUCCAGAAGAGCCCAUGUUAAGCCUCAGCCUGAAAAUGCAAAGACUGGGGGGACUCGCGCAGAACUGGUGGAGGAGGGGGAAAGAGCGAAUUGUGAACGAAUCUGGACUGAAGAUCUGUUCCGGUGGGCUCCUGGAAUUGAGAGCCGUCCCUACAUUGUGGUAGUAAGUGGUGUGGCUGGAAUUGGAAAGUCGACCAUGGUACAAAAGGUCAUAUUUGACUGGGCCAAAGGCACACAGUACCGGAGGUUUACAUUUGUGUUCCUGUUUAAAUUCAGGGAGCUCAACCUGAUAGAGGAGAAGGAGCCAAAAAUGUCAAUGACCAAGUUGAUCUUGAGACAUUAUAAACAUCUUAAUGAUGAGAAGCAGACGAUUCGAGAAGUCCUACAGAGUCCCGAAUAUCUCCUUUUUAUACUUGAUGGGCUGGAUCAGUACAAACACAAGCUGGACUUUACACGGAAGAAACUCUGCUCAAAUCCAGAUGACUCUUAUCCAAUUCAUAUGCUAAUCACAAGUCUGAUCAAUCGGACGUUGCUCAAUGGCUGUUCAAUUCUGAUCACAAGCAGGCCAACGGCCCUGGAGCCCUUGGAGAUGGCUAAAGUGGAUCGGUAUACAGAGGUCCUGGGCUUUUCCCCUCAGCAAAGGCUGACCUACUUCAAGAAGUUCUUUGGUGAUGCAAAUCUGGGCGCCGAAGCUUUCCAGUACGUGGAGGAGAGUGCCACCCUGUACACCAUGAGCUUUAACCCCUCAUACUGUUGGAUUAUCUGCAGUGUACUGAGGAACUACUUCACUUCGGCUGAAAAAGACAGAGGAGCAGCCCCCAGGACGGUCACUGAGCUCUUUGUGAUGUUUCUUUACAGCAUCCUUACCCAUAACAAGACCGAAUCUGAGGACCUGCGGGAAAUUUUGAUGAAUCUUGGAAAGAUGGCAUAUUCUGGGGUGGACAAAGGGGUUCUUGUGUUUUCUGAAAAGCAGGAAAUCAUUAACUUUGGUCUCCAGCCAGUCCUAUCCACCCCAUCCCCUUCUGGAUUUCUUAAAAUGAUCUUGCAGAAAGAAAGCACUUUGGAGAACACAACAUACACAUUCAUCCACCUCAACAUGCAAGACUUCAUGGCCGCCUGCUACUUCUUCCUUGAUCCAUCAGGGAACAUUGAAGAGUUGCUUGGCAAGCUGAAUUCCUGUAAAGAUGACCGAUUUGAGAUUCUCAUUCGAUUCCUAGUUGGACUGUCUAGGACUUCAGUAACGCAGACUCUGGAGGGAAUCUUGGGAGAUUUUGAGAGGAAGCCAGGUGUGCGUAUCAUGGAGUGGGUGAAACAAAAAGCUGAGCGGGCUCUGCGGGGCAGAGAUAAAAGUGAAUCUCUGCGGGUGUGUCAGUGGCUCUAUGAGACGCGAAACAAGAAAUUAAUCAGAGAUGCCAUUGGUAAGGAUCUAAAGAUGAACUUUAGUAACACAACCUUAUCAUCUCUGGACUGUGCUGUGCUGGGCUCUGUCAUCAACUACUGCGGAGAACUUGAGGAUCUCAAUCUGUCACACACGAGUCUCACCCGGGAGUGCAUCCGGAGGCUGGCGCCAGGCCUCAGCUGCUGUCGACGUGUUGAACUGGACUCCUGUGAACUCACGUCUGCAUGCUGUGAAUCUCUCUCCACGUCUCUGUCUGCUGAGCACUCACACCUGACUGUGCUGCGGCUGGAAGGCAAUAAACUGGAGGAUUCAGGAGUGCGUCUGCUGUGUGAGGGGCUGAGGAGCCCACACUGUAAACUGGAGACGCUAAGGCUGCAGUCGUGUGGUCUUACAUCUCGAUGCUGUGCGGCUCUCUCCUCAGUGAUCCGCACCGAACACUCGCUCCUAUCAGAACUGUGGCUGGGAGAGAAUAUCCUGCAGGAUACUGGAGUUCGUCUGUUGUUUGAGGGGCUGAAAAACCCCAACUGUAAAUUAAAAACACUGAGGCUCGAGUCUUGUGGCCUCACUUCUGAAUGCUGUGCUGUUCUCUGCUCGGCUCUCUGCUUGGAACACUCGUGUCUGACUGAGCUUUGGCUCAGGGGUAAUGACCUGGAAGAUUCAGGCAUCCAUCUGCUCUGCGAGGGCCUGAGAAACCCAAACUGCAAAUUGGAGAGGCUGAGGCUCUGGAAGUGUGGUCUUACGUCAGGAUCAUGUGAGGCCCUCUCCUCGGCACUCUGCAGUGAAUACUCGCGUCUCACUGAGCUGUGGCUGGAUGGCAAUAAACUGGACGACUCGGGCAUGCAUGUGCUGGGCGAAGGGCUGAGGAACCCAAACUGCAAAUUAGAGGAACUCCGGCUGAGUGCUAACAGGAUCAGCGAGAACGAGAAGAAGAACCUGAAAUUACUGGAGGUGCAGCUGACCGGCUGUGGACGGCGGAUGAAAAUCACCACGUGAGGAGACUGACCGGUGAAGAUGCUGCUCAUGGAGUGGACGUCAUGCUUGUCUUUGCACUCAUUUCUACUUUUUUUUGUACUUUUAAAAGUCAAGAGACUCAGUUAAACUGCAAAGCAGAUCCUUUUAUCACAAACUGUGUAUCACAAGCCCUAAGUACUCCAUUCUUAAUAAAGGAGGAUGUGCCCUAUUUGUA